UUAGUGGGCUAUUUGUUCAGCCGUUUUUCGGUAUUUUGGCAGAUUUUUUUUAUCGGUAAAUUUGGAAAAAAAUUGUCCGAUUUUGCCGAUCGGCCGAUUUUCGCGGCAAUGAUGGGCAAAUCGGCCGAUUUUUUUACCGAUAAAAAAAUCUGCGCAUGAGCAGUGACCUGCAAGAGGAAGACAAAAAGAAGAAAAAGAAGAAGAGGAUGAAGAAGAGGAAGAGGAUGAAGAAGAAGAAGAAGAGGAAGAAGAUGAAGAAGAAGAAGAGGAUGAUGAACAAGAAGAAGAGGAUGAAGAUGAAGAAGAGGAUGAUGAUGAUGAAGAAGAGGAUGAUGAUGAUGAAAAAGAAGAGGAUGAUGAUGAAAAAGAAGAGGAUGAUGAUGAUG